AUGGUCGAGCAAGCUGCGGUCGAAAACAGUGGGCCUGGUGAUCUGGAUUGCUCAUCGCACAAGUUCGGGAUUGUACCCAUUUCAGGUAAGGAUCACCGGAGUUUCGUUGUGAUUGAACGGUCACUACAACCGGGCUCCACGAUUUUCUACCAUAUCAACUCUCUCCCGAAAUACCACGCGUCGCACCGCGUUCUCGAGGUACUUCGAGAUUUUAUUUUCUCAGCGCAGCCAAUUUCCUGGACGACGCCCCCAGAACAGCUACGUGAAGUUUACGUACGCUACGAAGCCGUAUCAAACGAACGAAUACGUUGUAUGCUACAUUACAUGCAUCGGCUCGCCCAGUACGUCGCUGAGAAGAAACCAUUGUAA